AUGUCCGACCCCACCAUGAACAGCCCCGACGGUGCUCACAAGCGCAAGCGUGAGGGAUCUGAAGACCUUGGCCACGACGCCCAACGCAUGAACCGCUCGUCUCACGGCAGCAACGGCAGCAUGGGUCCCGACAACCAGCACAACUUCCACAACCUCAACUAUGACCAUGGCCUCCCCAACACCGGCUCUGAGUUGAACAUCGACCAGCAAAUCUUGCAGCAUGUUGGUCCCCAGAACGGCAUGUCCGAUGACAACGCUCUCACCGCGAACGCGAAGGCUGCCCUCGCUGCCCACAACACUCCUCAACACAAGUACCCGCCUCCUCCUGACUCUGCUUUCGAUGCGAACAACUUGACCCAGGGUCUGAGCUUCCCUGAUGAUAUGGGCCAAGGCCCGAUGCCUGGCGCCCACAACCACAACUCCACCGCUGCUGCUGUGUAUGCUGCCCGUGAGGCCCAGAGCAUGAACUCGAAGCCCACCGUCGGUUCCCCGGAGUGGCACCAGAUCCGCAAGAACAACCACAAAGAGGUUGAACGCCGCCGCCGCGAGGCCAUCAACGAGGGUAUCAAUCAGAUCGCCCGUGUUGUCCCCAACUGCGACAAGAACAAGGGUGCCAUCCUGCAGCGCGCCCUCGAGUACAUUUGCCAGCUCCAGGAGGAAAAGAAGAACAUCGACGAGCGGUUUGAGCAACACAGCUUGACUACCAACCACGCCCUGUCGGAGAUCAGCGCCUCAAACCAGAAGUUGAAGCUCGAGGUUAGCCGUCGCAACAACAUUGCACAGAAGUGGCUGAACCGCUGCCGCGAGGCUGGCCUCGAGUUUGACGAUUAUGAGGAGGCCAAGGAGCUCGAGAGCUUCGACUUGGAGUAA